GGGGCCCCUCAUAGCCGCCUACGCGAAUGGAUAUCACUGAGGAAUAGAUCAUGAUAAGUUGUGAGUCGCAGUUUAGUUGUCAUUUUACAACCAUGGAGACUGGCUUGGUGGUUAUUCUUCCUCCACUGCGGUGCGGCCACGUGUGGUCACGCAACCGCGUCACUGCUGUUUUACCACUACCACCACCACCACCACCACCACCAUUUCCAACAUUAAAAAACACCACCAGAGCUCGGGUCGUCUCCGCCACCACGGUGAAUGCUGGCAGCCCACUCCGCCAGUGUCCGCCACCACUUCUGCUCCAUCUUCACCACCACUACCACCACCACCACUCCCUUUCACCUCCUCCUCUCCACAACCCGCCUCGCACCCCCACCAUCCCCCGCGCCCCUCUCCUCAUCCUUCUAGAGCUCGAGUGAGGAGGCGCGGCACCCACCACCAGACCCCAAGACUCCUCCAAAGCCUUGAGGAACUCGACAUACACACACAUGCAUAAAAAAAAAGGAUGGGACUUCCUCCUCCUCCUCCUCCCCUGUUCCUCCUCUCUCCACCACAACCACCACCUUCUCCACCACAACCACCAACCACCUCCACCUCCACCUCCACCACCACCUUCGUCCUCGAUCUCACAAUGCAUCCGAACCCUGGCUCCUUCGGCACGGUCCUAGUACUCUGUCAUUUGUGUCCCCGGGAUCACGGCCGCCGGAGGGCCCCCUCUGCG